AUGUGGUCUGCUGUUCCUCUCUGCUCUACGUACCUCCUGGCACUGCUGGGGAACUUGACUAUCCUUUCCAUCAUUAGGGCAGAGCGGAGCCUCCACGCGCCCAUGUACCUAGUCCUUGCUAUGCUAGCUGGGGCCGACCUGGGCUUGUCCACCUCCACAUUCCCAACCAUGCUGAAGAUGCUGUGGCUGGAGGGCAGAGAGAUCAGCUUUGGCACCUGCCUUGCCCAAAUGUUCUUCGUUCACUCCUUCACGGAUAUUGAAUCUGCUGUCAUUCUGGCGAUGGCGUUCGAUUGCUACGUGGCCAUCUGCCACCCCCUAUGAUAUUCCUCCAUCCUCACCAAUUCAGUGACCAUCAAGAUAUGUGUGGCAAUCAUCGUGAGGACCGCCCUUGUCCAGUUCCCACUCCCAAUCCUGCUGACCCAGCUGUGUUUCACCAGGGUCAGCAAGCUCUCCCAUCCCUACUGUUUGCAUCCAGACAUCAUCAAACAUGCAGGCUCAGAUAUGAGGAUUAACAAUACCUAUGGCCUUUUUGUGCUACUCUCCACACUAGAUUUGGACUUGCUCUUUGUCCUCCUGUCCUAUCUUCUCAUCCUUAAGACCAUCCUGAACAUUGCAACUUGGAGGGAGCAUCUCAAAGCCCUCAACACCUGCAUCUCACAUAUCUGUGCUGUCCUCCUCUUCUUUAUCCCCAUGAUCUGCCUGUCCACGAUGCACCAGUUUGGCAAACAUGUGUCCCCCCAGGCCUAUGCUUUCACAGCCAACAUCCAUUUCCUUGACCCACCCAUCCUGAAUCCUACCAUUUACAGCAUGAAAACCAAAACGAUACGGAGAUGGAUACUGAGCGUGCUCUGCCAAAGGGGUCCGCAAGUCCAGGGUUGCCAUUUUCCAGUAAAGCCAAUAUGA